AUGGUCUUACCUUUUCAACCACUAACACUAACAUUUGAGAACAUGAACUACUUUGUCGACACUCCUUUGGAAAUGAGAGAACAAGGAUAUCCUGAAAACAAAGUUCAACUACUUUCUAAUGUUACAGGUGCAUUGAGGCCUAGUGUUCUUACAGCAUUAAUGGGGGUUAGUGGAGCUGGAAAAACCACUCUUCUUGAUGUUCUCGCAGGAAGAAAAACUACUGGCUAUAUUGAGGGGGAAAUUAAAAUUGGCGGGUAUCAAAAGGUUCAAGAAACAUUUGCUAGAAUUUCAGGUUACUGUGAGCAAACUGACAUCCAUUCUCCUCAAAUCACAGUAGGAGAAUCUCUGAUGUUUUCUGCAUGGCUACGGCUGUCUCCUAAGAUUGACUCUAAAACUAAAAUUGCAUUUGUAAAUGAAGUCCUUGAGAUCAUUGAGCUUGAUGAAAUUAAAGAUUCUUUAGUUGGGCUCCCAGGUAAUAGUGGUCUAUCAACUGAGCAACGCAAGCGCCUUACAAUAGCCAUUGAGCUUGUUGCGAAUCCCUCUAUAAUCUUUAUGGAUGAACCAACAACCGGUUUAGACGCACGAGCAGCAGCAAUUGUCAUGCGAGUUGUGAAGAAUAUAGUUGAGACUGGAAGGACAAUUGUAUGCACUAUCCACCAACCAAGUAUUGACAUUUUUGAAGCAUUUGACGAGUUGAUCCUUUUGAAGAGGGCUGGGCGUGUUAUCUACUCUGGAGAAUUGGGAAGGCAUUCAAGAAAGCUUAUAGACUAUUUCCAGGGUAUCGUUGGAGUACCAAAGAUUAAGGAUAAUUAUAAUCCAGCAACAUGGAUAUUAGAACUCACUCCUCCAUCUGUAGAAGCUGAACUUGGUGUAGAUUUUGCUAAAAUAUACAAAGAUUCUGUUCUAAAUGAGAAAAACAAAGAGCUUGUAAGGGAGUCGAGUACCCCGCUUCCUGAUUCAAGAGAUCUACAUUUCCCAACGCGGUUCGCUCAAAACUUCUGGGGGCAAUUCAAGAAUUGCCUAUGGAAACAAUACUUGUCUUACUGGAGAAGUCCUUCAUACAACUUGCGUCGAAUAGUGCACGUAAUGGUAGCAUCUUUUCUUUUUGGUGCACUCUUUUGGAACCAAGGAAGGAAUAUGGUUGACGAGCAGAGUAUCUUCAAUAUAUUUGGUGCAUUUUAUGUUGCAGUGAUAUUCUUAGGCAUGAAUAACUGCUCAACGGUUCUACCAUAUGUUGCAAUGGAACGAACUGUUAUGUAUCGAGAAAAAUUUGCUGGGAUGUACUCGCCAUGGGCUUAUGCCUUUGCACAGGUGGCAGUUGAGAUUCCUUAUAUAUUUUUUGAAGCAUUUGUGUUUGUACUAAUCACCUAUCCGAUGAUGGGAUUUUAUUGGUCGGUGUAUAAGAUUUUCUGGAAUUUUUAUGCCGUUUUCAUGACAAUGUUGUACUUCAAUUAUUUGGGCAUGCUCCUUGUGGCAUUGACACCAAAUGAAUUGGUUGCUUCAAUUCUAUCCUCAGUUUUCUACACCUUAUUCAGUCUGUUUUCCGGAUAUCUCAUGCCUCAACCACACAUUCCGAAGUGGUGGAUUUGGUUGUAUUAUUUAACCCCUAAUUCAUGGACACUGAAUGCUUUGAUCACUUCACAAUAUGGAGAUAUCAACAAGGACAUUAAUGUGUUCGGAGAAACAAGAAGUCUAUCUUUCUUCAUCGAAGAUUAUUUCGGUUUUCACCAUGAUCGAUUACUGGUGUUGUUCUUCUUGCAUUUCCCUUAUUUUUCGCUUCUCUUUUUGCAUAUUUGA